ACAGCCUGUCAAUGAAGACAAACGGGGAGGAGGAGGACUCUUGGAGGUGCGGAGCAUCGUUUAUCUCCCCUCUCCUCCUCAGCUUUCCUUUCACUAUUUCCUGGCCUCUAAUAUCUCAAGGGGAAAUGCUGCCACCUGCUGGUGAGCUGGUGAAGAUACACCACAAGAAAUUGUCUUAGAAAAAGAAAGUCUCUUAUGUGCUAAUGUGUGAUGCUUUUUUUAUUUUCCUGCAUCCUUCAACUUUCCAGUUGCGUGUUUGCGUUUUUUUUUUCAAACCUCUUUUAUCGUCUUUUAACGAAGCGGAACAUUUCCCAAACACUUUGCAGUAAAGGGCUCUUUAGGGACCCGUGUUUUAUCCGUGCAUUGUCACGUGGUUGUCGUACAGAUUUAAACCUUCGCCUUCCUAUUAUCUUCGAUCAAGAACAAAUGUUGCAUCAUCGUAGAAGCCAAACGCGCACGUGGGUAAUUUUCCUUCUCUGUUAUGAUCUUCGUUAUGAGUAGCUGUCUCAUUGCACAUAUCGUCCCUGCGCCAUGACCGUGUCAGGCACAGCGGGGCUGGAGCUAUGGGCAUUUUUGCGGACUAAAGUCAUGUCAUCUGAGACAUUUAAUUGGGCCCGGGCUGCCACAAGGGGACAGCGGACGGCACGGCAUUCCUCCAUUGCCUGGCCCCGUUGUGUUGCUCCUCUCCGCGUGGCUGCAGUUCGGGGAAACCAUGUCCACGCACACGCAAACCUGAGCAGCCGUGGCGCCAGUGGAGCGGACGCUGCAUGGGGAAAAAAAAUAAGCGACUCACAAAACAGUGCAGGUUGAGACUUGGAACGGGGAGCUGUGUCACCUCUGCUGGACGCGCGUAAAGGGACGCGGCGGCGCAGCGACGUGCGCUUUUCUGGAGGAACGAACGGGGCUGAGGACGCACGAAAGCGGCUGGUGUGAAGCUCGGCUCAACGGGACUUUCUGCUCCUGCGUCAGGCGCUAACAGCUCUAUUUUGUGCCCGCGGCCCCAUGAAGGAAUAAAUGAUCACCUCAACCAGACGAGUGUCUCCCGAUAAAUCUGAAGUUAGAAUCGCCUUCAGCCUCGACGACACAUCAGAUGUAAAAGAUGCCGAGGACCUUUCCCAGACUUUCAAAGACCUUGAACAGCGUUUACAGCCGGUGCCCCCCUGCGUGUCCCUGAGAGAGAGCGUGCAGGUGUACAAGCAGCACUGCAGGAUGGCCAGAGAGUUCCACCAGGUCAAGCACGAGAUCGCCGUGCUGGAGGACCGCAAGCGCAAGCUGCUGGCGGAGCUGGUGGAGGACGAGGACGUUGCCGUGGAGAUCGCCCGUCUGGAGGAGGAGUUCCGGCGGCUGACGGAGGAGAACCGCCGCCUGGUGACGGUCCACGGCGAGCGCGCGCGGCAGCUGGAGAGGCUCUGCCCGGACGAGCGGCCGAGGCAGGACUCCUCGUGACCUCUGACCCCCCCCCCCCCCUCCCGCAGCACCUGAAACGAAGGCUCACAACAGCCGCUCGGCUGUGAUUCAGCUAAUUACACAGAGGGGAGUCGCGUUUGUCAUGGCUGAGUCACCCGCCGCAGGCCCACAGCCAUCGCCCGUGUGAAGAUGUUCUAGUGAUUCUGCCACGUUUCGGCACGAGGCCGCUUUUCUGAGUACUCUUUGUUACCGUGUGUUGCAGUAUAUGGUGAGUGUCACGUGGGCGGCCGCUUGUGUCCGCCUCAGGUUCUGCGGAGGCGGAUGUUUCACCCCAGAUGUUUGGAGGGAGCCAAAGGUUCAUGUUGUGGUCCAAAGGUUGCGUUUGAGGAGGAGUGUGUUUUUCCUCCGUUUCCUCCCGUCCCUCGAACCGAGUUCCCGUUGUGGUAAAACGGGAGCGAGGUGAUGGUUUAACCCAGUGUUACCGAUAGGAAACUUACAGUAUAGCCACUUGUGAAGAAGUUCUUGUGUUUCACGACAAGCCUCCGCUGCAGGGUUCUGAGCGUGACUCGCUCACCUGUGGAGAGGGAGGCGUGCGCCCGGAUCAACUGUUCAUCGUGCUCCUUUAACAAUAAAAUGCAUUUCAUUGUGACGCAA